AGCAACGAUGAUUUAUCGCUGCCUAAAGCCACGGUUCAGAAAAUAGUCAGCGAGAUAUUACCAGCUCAAACAGGUGUCUCAUUCGCAAAAGAGGCUCGUGACCUGCUCAUAGAAUGCUGUGUCGAGUUCAUCACCCUCAUCUCAUCCGAGGCCAAUGAGAUUUCCGAGAAGGAGGCAAAGAAGACCAUCGCCUGCGAUCACAUCACAAAGGCUCUAGAGCGGUUGGGAUUUUCUGACUACGUACCCGCUGUUCUAGAGGCCGCAGCUGAACAUAAAGAGGUUCAAAAGGGACGAGAGAAGAAAGCGGACAAGUUCGCUAACAGCGGCAUGUCGAUGGAAGAGCUCGCCCGGCUACAGGAAGAACAGUUUGCAGCAGCUAGGCAGCGUCACACAUGA